AUGUCGUCAACAACAUCUCGAACCAGUCCUGUGGACAUACGCUCAAGUAGUCCCGCAAGAGGCAGUCCGCAUUCGCGCAAUGCGUCAAUAGCACGAUUAGCCUCCCCUGUGCCCUCCCAGCGGCUUAAUACGCCUCCUGUCCAGCAGGUCCCGACGCCUCAGCAGAUCGCAGCCGAUAACAAUGAUUCGGCCCUGCCCAAGCUUGAUCAAUCCGGGUCAUUACCAGGCCCAGGUCGAUCUGCCCUUUCCACGGCUCUAGCCGAUACAGGGAACCAAACUCCUCCUAGGAGUCAUACACCACCUGUUCCUGCACACGACCCUUCCCCGAGACAGCCGCUCUUGAGCACCGCAGGCGGGUUGGGGAGUCACGACAGAUUACCCAGGAGCAAUUAUGGCUCUUUCAAUCCUCGCGACAUGGAAGGGAGCCCAGGUCCAACAGAGGAUCCUGAGGUGGUAAAAAGACACUUGGUGCAACCAGACCAAGGCUCGUCAAGGGGGAGACCACUCCGAAUAGAUCUAAAUGAGCCAGGCACUGGUUUGGAUUCAGCCGAGUUUUCCAGCCUCCGGUUACAAGGCGGGGACAUGACGCGCGCCGUCUAUCGUUGGGCAGAAGAGCAGGAAGGAAACCAACCUGGAAAGGCUCAGAGGAGCAAGAGUUUCACUAUGCCGAGACCGGAGCCUGAAAGUGACACUCUGGACAUACAAAACAUCCGAGUGCCUGGCGGAUUCCGCAGAAACUUUUUGCGUCGAGCUGCUGAGAGUCCUACCCCCUCUGGUCGAGCCUGGAAGAGCUCUCCUGCAGCAGACGGUCAAGACGCUUCUGCGAGCGAUACUCGACCAAGGCUUUUUACUAAUAAUUUUCUGGAGUUUCUCACGCUUUAUGGACACUUCGCAGGUGAAGACCUAGAGGAAGACGACGAGGUUCUUGAACCAGACGAAUAUUUCUCGUCGGAUGCCUAUGAUGAGGGCAGCGAUCGAGAGCCUUUGGAGGAUAGUGCUCUACUCACGCCAGGUGGACUCCGACGGAGACGACAUAGGGAGCGCCCGCCGACUGGAACGGGUAGCAGUUUUAAUGCAGCCCUAUUGCUCCUGAAAUCUUUUGUUGGCACAGGAGUCCUUUUCCUGCCUCGGGCUUUUCUGAACGGCGGAAUGCUCUUCUCUUCCCUUGUCCUUCUUGCUGUAGCUGUCCUCAGCUAUCACUGCUUUGUCUUGCUCAUCAGCACACGGAACAAGGUCGAGGCUUCAUUUGGCGACAUCGGCGGCAUUCUCUACGGGAAGUGGAUGAGAGCGAUGAUUCUAUUCUCCAUCGUCCUUAGCCAGGUUGGUUUUGUAUCGGCAUACACUGUCUUCACCUCGGAGAAUCUGCAGGCAUUUGUCCUUGCAGUAUCCAAGUGCAGAACUUUUAUCGACAUUAAGUUCAUGAUCUUGAUGCAACUUGUCAUAUUCCUGCCACUGAGCUUGAUCAGGGAUAUUGGAAAACUCGGCUUCACGGCUCUCAUUGCUGACGCCUUCAUUCUCGUGGGACUCAUCUACCUGUACUACUACGAUAUUGCCACCAUCGUUGACAACAAAGGACCUUCAGAUAUCACCAUGUUUAACCCUUCAACCUGGACACUUUUCAUCGGCACGGCUAUCUUCACUUUUGAGGGUGUGGGACUGAUCAUCCCGAUUCAAGAAUCAAUGAAAAGACCUCGAGAUUUCCCCGGCGUCUUGGCCACGGUCAUGGUCAUCAUCACCAUUCUCUUCACCUCCAUCGGCGCGCUCUCGUACGCUGCGUAUGGAUCGAAAACAAAGACAGUCGUCAUACUCAAUCUGCCUCAAGAUAGUAAGAUGGUCAACGCUGUUCAAUUUCUCUACUCCCUGGCUAUUCUCCUGAGCACACCACUCCAACUGUUUCCCGCCAUCCGUAUUAUGGAAAAUGAGCUAUUCAGUCGUUCGGGCAAAUACAACCCUUACAUCAAGUGGCAGAAGAACAUCUUCCGCUUCUUCCUCGUUUGUGUAUGUGCGCUCAUUGCAUGGGGUGGGGCCGGCGAUUUGGACAAGUUUGUCGCUCUGGUCGGCAGCUUCGCGUGCAUUCCGCUGGUAUAUUGCUAUCCUCCUUUGUUGCAUCUCAAGGCCGUGGCAAAGACCAACUUGCAGAGAUGGUUGGAUUAUCUGAUGUUUGCUUUUGGACUGGCGAGUUGUGUGUAUACGACUGUCUUGACGAUCCAGCAGUGGGCGGGGAGCAGUGGAGGCAAAUCUCCUGGGUAUUGCGAUUCCUGA